GUAGUCGGCGGAGGAACAGCGCAGCCUGGUGGAGGGCGUGUUCCUGCGGGUGGGUUAGCUGCACAGCCUCGUCAUGGGGGAGUUCUCCGGCAUCAAUGCGGAGGACAUCCAGUCGGCGGCACCUGUGGUGAGAGCCGUGAGGCCCCUUGCAUCCACGUUCGAGACGUUGCUGGUGGUGUACUCCGCCCUCUGCUUCAGGGACCCAUUGGCGGCGGCGGUGCCGCGGCUGGAGGAGCUGACGCAGGCAACGCAGGAGCUCAAGAAACUCUUCGGCUUCGCAGGCGGGGGUGCGAAUCAGGCAUUAGAACAAACAGUCGCUGGAUCGCUUAUGGAAGUCUUCGAGUACAGCGACUCCUCCGACGACACCUACUACCCCAACGACGAGUCUGACCUGGAGGAAUGCCUGGCUAUGCCCAAUAUCCACCCCCCGCCGAUGUGCAAGACGAGGAACACAUACUCCCUUCGGCCCCGCAAACCCUCCUCCCCGAAUCCCGUCCUUGAUAGCUAUCGAGUCCCCCACCGCCUACAGUCUCCUCGUGGAACGUAAGUGGAGUUUGAGGCGCCGGAUUGCGCUCUCCUGCCGAACUCAAACUGCAGCAGGAGUCAGAUCAGG